GAAGUUUUAUUUUAAAUCUAGAUUUAAAUUAGUCACAAUGAAGUCCUUUCUCAGGGCGUAUAUUAGAAUGGUCGAAAGAUUGGCAAAUGGGACAUAAAAUUUAGAUCUCUCUAGUUUGAUGACUUUCAUAAUAUGUAUUUUUUAACAUAGUUAAUUUUUAAGUGGUAGUGGAACUUAUGACAACCAAAAUUUGAAACUUAGUCAUUGGGUUGAU